CAAAUUGCGCACAAUCUUUUUCCUUUCUUUCACCUUUUUCUAUUCAACGAAUUAGACACUUGUAAACAAUCAAGAUGGGUUCUCCUAGUAUCCUUAAAAGCCCUCUAUUUAAUAUGGGCUUUUUACUUGCUUCUAUGCAACUUUCUAAAAAGAUCGAUUGGAGCGAUCCUGAUGUUUUGAUGUACGCGAGAAUCGGCUAUUACGCCGCUCAAGUGUUGGUAGUGCUUAUGGCUUACGGUUUAAUCGCACUGGUGAAGAAGAAGAAUGACAAUACUACUUUGGUGUAUACACCUCCUGCUGCACCUGGUGCGGCUGCGGGCGCUGUACCUGAAACUGUCACGACGACUGUCAAGGAUUACGACGUCAGCCAAGUCAAGCAAUUCAUACAAUCUACUCUCACUUCUGUUGUCAUCAUCUCUGUCAUGCAUUGGCAAUUCAAGUUUACUCAACCCCUUUUGAUGCAAUCCAUUGUUCCCUUCAAGAACCUAUUGACACAUAAAAUCGCCUUGAUUCAUUUAUGGGGGGAUGCACCUGAAGGCGGCUUGGCUAGACCUUUCCAAGUAGAGAACCCUUUGGCUGGUUUCGCUAAUAUGUUUGGUGGCGGCGCUCCUGUGGACAACACCGCUGCUGCUCCUGCUACUACUACUACUGCCACUACCGACAGUGGUCGUGCUCAUCAAGAUUAGAUAAAAGCAAAGGGAGGUCUGACAUCCAUCCACUUUCGCUUCCUACACAAGUUGUCGAAAGAGAGAAGAAAAAGAGAAAAGAAAGAGGAAAUGGGUGUCAUUUUGCAAUUGACUUGAAAAAUGGUUGGGUCCACUCUCUCUAUGUGGAUUCAUCAUCAAGUCACCCAACCUACUACGUACGAUAGCAUACAUGUGUAAAAACGUUGUAAACUUGUAAUUAAAAUAAAAAAAAAAAAAAAAAAG